AUGGCCAUCGCCUUGGCCCCCGCCAGUGACAACGCUUUGCUUCCUGCGGGGAUGGCGCCCUCUAGAAAGCGGAAGAUGCGCAACUCCACCGUUGAUUCUGUGGACAUCUUCAAUCAAAUUAGUGGAUCUAACGCGCGACCGAGCAGACAUACCACUCAGGGCGCGUCACGCCGAGCUCAAAAUACGCGUAGCUCAGAUAUCUACGAGAUCCCCCGGACGCCGACACCCGAAAGACGAAAUACCAUCCCCCCUCAAAACGAAGAUCUCCCGUCUGGACGACUUGUGACGGGACUUCAAAGCCGUAGGAUCUACCUUACAACGCCCGAAACUCGGCCUGUGCUUGAAACCCAGCCCCUCACAUCGUCAUCUUCCGAUCGUGAGCAAGGGGACGAAUCCUCACAAGCGAGCGGUCACCAUAAUGGCGAAGAGGAUCUCGCACAGAGUGUUUGGAAUACGGGUCCGGACCAGGAGGAAGCUCUUGAGGAUGACCCGCUACCCAACGGCGUGCAUAUCUUCGAGUCAGAUGAUCCCCCUGAUCAAUCCAGCGACGAGGCUGUCAGCCUCCAAGACGAACCAACUUCAUAUCAGGAAGGACACAAAUCAGAGGACCUUGAGGUUGUGAUAUAUAAUCAACAUGGCGAUCAUCAGACAAAUGGUCACGCCGAGGAUGAUGGUCAAGACGGGCCGCAUGCCUUUGAAAUCGGAGAUGAAAGCGAAGAGGGCGGCGACGAGGAAGACGGAGAUUUGAACGAAGAUUCCGAAGGCGAAUUACAACGGGCCCGACAACUUGCGGAGGUUGACUCGGUAUCCCUUCGUCCUGAUGGAACUCUCGACGAACCUCCCGAUGAACAAUCUCCCGAAGAAUUACCAAUUUACGUUCGGCCUCCUAGAAAUGAACACCUACAGGACCUGAGCCGGUGGAUGGCCCAGGAGAUAGAACGAUCUCCCCUUGCCGAGUUGUGGAACAUUCUUCGCCGCGAGAAACGGUCCUUGCGAAAGGUUGCGAUAAGACCCACACCGGCAUACCUCCGAGGAGCCAGUCUAGAGCUCACAGAACUGCGACAACUCUACUAUGAAAUGAUCGAGUCCCUAACCCUGUCUAGAGAAACCCAGAGGGAACUGAGAAAUCUUCGUGAGGCCAUCCGUACAGAAUCCACCCGAGUCUUCGAGUACGCUGCCGAGGAGGUCCCAGAGGAAACCAACGAAGGUAGUUGGAUGCUGGAUCAAUUUGAGGCGCAUGUGUGCUGCCAUCUCAUCACCCUGGUCAUGUUUGGCUUUCGAGCUUACAGGACGUUGGGCCAACCAGCGUAUGACCAGUUUGAAAAUAUACUGGAGCUGCUGCUGUGGUGCUGCACUCAAAUCUCCAACUACGCGCAAACCACGUAUCUGAGGAGUACGAAGGCGAGAACGCGGGUUCUUCGCUUGCCAUUGAAGCGCAUCAUGAAGGCCCUGGAGUCAGGCCAAUUGGCUGCGGGAAGAGCUACAGGAAGCAACAAUCAAUCACAGGCCACACCUGGUGACUCAAUCUGGACUCAGAGUAGCAUGUUGUUGACUCAGGAGGGGAUUACUUCCACACCAGUUGAUAUACCACCGUUGCCACGGCCAUGGACCCGUUAUGAAGAGGAUGCCCUCCGUGCUGGUUUACGGCAAUUUUCUGCCGGACAUGACAAUCGCAUUUCCUUGAUCUUGGGCCGUUAUGGCCAUCGACUCCAGCGGCGAACCUAUCGGGAUCUGGAAGCCAAAGUGGAGGAGAUGACCCGUUUUGAAAUUGACUUCUAG